UAUAACCUAAUAAUAAAAAAUAAAACGUUUAAUAUUUUUUUGACAUUUGACAAUCAGUUCUACCAACAGAAACUUAUGUAUUGUGGGGAAAAAGUCAAUAAAGUGUGUUAUUUACAAAAAAUCGUUUAAAAUAACCGUUUUUUAAUCAUUACCGAUUCGUUUCAACGAUUCUUUUGAUUUUUAAUAAGUUUAGGAUAAAGAUAAAAAAUGUCUAUUGAUGAGGACACGGAAUUACGAGACUUAUUAACACAAACAUUGGAAACAAAUGGUUCUUUUGCAAAAAUAAGGGCGCAAUUAAGAGCGAGCAUAUUUUUAGCCCUUGAUGAAGAUGAAAUGUUGCAACAAAAAGAACCUUUGAUGAACACAAAGAUUAAAUCAACUUUGUCAACAGAGGAAGGUCGAAUAAUGUUUUGUAUCGUUAGGGAAUUUUUGGAAUAUUUUAAUCUCGAUUUUACCUUAGCAGUUUAUGACCCAGAAUCUUAUUUAGACUCGCAUUACGAAUAUAAAGAUAAAGAACAAAUUAUUAAAGAUUUAAACAUACCCAAUUUAAUGCCAGAAUUGAAUACGCCAAUUUUAUUGCAAAUAAUCAACUUUUGUAAAUAUAAAACAGAAAAAAAAAACCACAGCGAUUUAAACGAAUUAAAUGGAAACACAACCUUUGAUAUAAACUCACCCCUUUUUAAUAAAAAAGAUAACGAAGAAAAUCCAACAAAAUCUUUAUGCGAAAAUAACGACACUUUUGAUGUUGAUAAAUCAACAGAAUCCUCGAUAAAUGAAUUAGAAAUUUCUCCACCCAUUUUAAAAGAUAUCAAACAUCCAAAAUUUGAAAAUAAUAAGGAAAAACUUAAAUUAUCAUCACAAAAACUUGAGAAAGUUAAUAAAUCCAGAAACAAUUUUGAUUUACCCCCCAUUACGAAUAAAAAUCGUUCAAACGAAAUGUUAUUACCUCCUCUUUAUACGAAAGAAUUCAAGGAAAUAAACAGUCAAAAAGAAUUAGAAAAAAUGUUUGAUUUAGAAUCUUUGGAUAAUUACGAAGAAGAUUUCAUGUCUGAAAGUGAAAUUGAUUUAGUUUUAAAUAAAACUGAUACUAAACGAGAUUUAGUUGAUGAUAAAAUGAAAGAUUCACCAAGAAAAUCUACGGAAGAUGUCGAUAAUGAUACGAAUCAAAACGAUAAUGUUAGCUCUGUAAGCAGUGAUUUUGAGUUUAAUUCGAAUAUUGACGAUAUUUUGACGUCUUGUUGACUUUCUUACUUGGUUUGUAAGAGCAGGAUUACAGUAUUAAGGGGAAGAACAUUCCGACUGUAUAAUUAUUUAAAUUUUAAUGAUGAUUACUUAACAAUCUUUUUUAUUUUGAUGCUCAAUCAGUAUGUACUUAAUUUUAUACGACAGUAUGUUAUUUAAAAAAAAUCCAUCGCAAAAUGUUUUAUUUAUUCAUUUUUUACUAAUUAAUAAAGAUUUUACACCAAAAUAAAAAUGAAUUAUUUAAAUUAAUACAAAUUAAGAUUGUGGGAUUAAAAUCAACGCGUUAUGCAACCAAACAAACAUAUCAUAAACUUGAAAUUUAUCCGUAUAGAUGGCGAUACUUAAAAGAAAUAAUUUAAACCAGUAAAAUAAACAAA